CACCCAUCUGCUGCACCAACCAACCUACCAGGUAGUCAGUCACGCAUCCCUCUCGGGCCAGUCACAGAUGCAGCUGCAGUGCGCUGCAAGAGAGGCAACCUGCAUUGUGGGUGACGAAAAAAGAGCGCCGCGCUCGCUUUUUUCCUGUACAUGAAUCAACCGGUGAUGGCGGCACGCCAGCUUCAGCAACCAGUAGGUUAAUAAGAAGCGUUGGAUUCAAGGCUGGCUACCUCGAGGGAGAAGAGAGUUCCGUCGCUGUCGAUAACUCGGGGAUUGCGGGAUAACGCGCGGCCGCGGCUCGUUUUAUACGGCGGAUGCUAUUUUAUAUUUGGCGCCCGCGUAAUCCGCCUCGUCCGCCAACUGGCAUCGUGUUAUUGCCGCGAAUCAUUAGGUACAUAUGCUCUGUUAUGGCUGCGAUAACGCUCCGUAGAUGGGCCGGACGUUUCCAAAGUCGUCAGCGACUCAAACAGUAUGUACGCCAGCAGGAGAAGAUGAUGCUCCUUGUUGGCGUGGACAGCAGUCUCUUCGCCGUGAUGGUCAACAUUAGUGUAUUCAAAGUUGGGUUUCCUCACGACGCGCAUUCUCUGUCGCUGAUGAGCAACGCUUCGGGUGCGGUGAUGCCCGAGGCAUAAGAACGUUGCAGGCCGCUCAGUGAUUGUGCAGAGAAAGAUCAUGAAACAACCGUGAGGUUGUAGCCAGGAAGUAGCGCGUCGAUCACAAAAGCGACCAUUCAGAG